AUGACCCUCUGGUCUUUUACGGUCUACGAUGUCUUCCGCUUGGAACCCUACUUUCAACUAUCCAAAGAGCAGGUCUUUCCUGCUGACGUGCUUUCCGCUAAUUAUAUCUUUGGACCUUUUAUAUCAACACCUAUUUCAUCGGCGAGAAGAAAACAUUGGGUAGUGCUGGGCGUGUCUAUCAUUAAUAUUCUAGUACAGCUAAUGCUGCCCGCUACACUGAGCGCCUUGCUGGACGUUGAUAGCGUCCCAAUGUCUUCUGACGCGACCUUGAGAGGCUGGCCGGAACUGGUGGCGGUCGGAGAGCAAGCCGAAUGGAUAUCUUCGCAACGGAACAUGAGUCUUUAUUCUCUUACAAGGGGAGAUACUGGUGAGACACCGUCGCGUCUCUCACACUUUGCCAUCCCACCAGUUGAACUUCCCUCUGAUGAUGAUGCACUCUUCACGGCUUUAUGGAAACUUAAUCAUACAGUGUACUGGGCCGACCUUACAUGCUCCGAUUUGCCAAUCAGUAACUCACUCACGGCGAAUGUCACUGAGAUCGUCGGGGAGACACCUGCUGAUUAUUCCAACUACUCUACCUUAACCUGUGCGCUUCGUGACCUGCGCUUGACAUCAUAUUCAGACUCUUCCCAAAACUGCGCCUUAAAUGCGAACUACAGUGGUAUCUUCGACCUGACAGCUACUCCUGUACAGGCCCGACGCUGGGAGCUUGACACAAUCCCGUGUGCCCCAUUUGAUCUAUAUGGAUUCCUCCUCGACAUUGACACAACUAAUACCGGUCGCUUAGUUGGACAGACGCCCAAGGCUCAGUUCUUCUCUUGUGACAUGCAGUAUUAUACGGCCAAGGCGGAGGUUUCCAUGAAGGCCAAUGGCUCGGUAGUCGCAAUUGUAGUCGAUAAAGGCUCCAUGUCUGCUCUCGAUAGUUCGCAAUUGGAUAUAGCUGGAUUUAAAGCAUAUCUCAAAAGAGGCAUCUGCCCUACAGGAAAUGUUUGCCCCUCUGGCAAUGGAACGUUAACAAAUUAUUCCCUUGACCGAUGUGGCCUAGGAAUAGAAGCCCAUAAGUCCCCGUGCUCUACCUCCGCGCAGUACUCACAGGUCCCCAUCUCCGGGGACGAGUUCAUAUCUAAAAUUCGUAUGGAUAUGAAGCUUGGUUUUGCACGUCUGCUGAGCCGUCUCUUCAACACAAAUGCUGCGUAUACUCCUAUUCAAGGGGUUGGAACAACUGACCAAGUGGCUGUCCUGGUCAUUACCUUCCCUGCCAUUGCAUCAGAGGUAAUUCUUCUUCUCGGGACAGCCACAUGUAUCUUGCUUGCUCUUUUCUACCAGUCGCGCGAGAACAUACUCAAGUCUGACCCGGGAUCGAUCGCAGCCAUGUGCAGCAUCGUGGCGCACCUAUUUAACCCUACUGGUGUUCAGGCGUUUGGCGAGUACACUGACAAAUUAACCGCACGACAACUCAACCGCAAGCUGCGUGCAUGGCGCUGCUACUGGUAUGAUGAGCCAUCGGGUCGAAAACUGGGGUUUCUUCCCGGAGAAGCCCCGCCAAGAACACUACGUGAGAAAGUGCUCUACAGCAAACCAGCGAGUAGGAAAGCAUCACGUCAAGAUGCCAGGCUCCAUUUUUUAUCCAAACCCAUAUUUGUCGCUGAACUUCUUGGCUUGCUAGCGGUCAUCUGUUUCAUGACAGUGAUGUUCAUUCUGUGUUCAAAAGAUAGCCGACUUCGACGCCUUUCAGAUUCUGCAUCAGAUCGAUUGUCUGUUGCUUUGGGAAUCCUACCGUCACUUAUGGCGUCUAUGAUGCGAGCUUUGUUCAACUCCAUCUACGUGAACAUUAGUAUCCUGGAGCCGUGGAUUCACCUCCAAAAAGGGGGAGUUGAUGCGAAAAAUUCCUUGCUGCUAAAUCUGUCCUCCCAAAGUCCGAUUACCGUGUUUUUCCGGUCUAUACGCUCCCGCUCCUUCGUACUAAGUCUGGUCGCAUUGUGCUGUAUCAUUAACACCGGUCUUCCAGCCGUUCUGGGUGCGCUAUUUACCCAAAGCCGCACGCGAGCAGCCUGGCCUACCCAGGCUGUCGAGUUACGCUACGACUAUUCCACCAUCCUCAAUUCCAGCACCGUCCCCACAUUCUUCCAAAACGGUCCUAUUGAAUCGACCCUGUUGAAUUCAGUGUCGUUGCUUCCGUGGACAGCACCGGAUUACUCAUUUGUCCCAUUGUCUGUCCAUACAAAUAAUAUGGAACAUAAGUAUGAAGCUGUGACGUUGGGUAUCGGGGCUGACCUGAACUGCCAUCAAGUCCCGCUUACUCAAGACCUCUCGAAGGAUGAGAAUAUCCCCUACCUCACUGGUAGAGAUACCGAGGGCAUGGAUGGUACACCAUCCGUCAAUAAAAGUUCAAGCGAGCCAUAUUCAAUCCAGCUACUGGCACCGAGUGGAGUGACCAAUAAUGGCACGCUGACCGUUCUUGCAAUCAAUUCCGUAGGCUCCAACACAGACUCACCCACACUCGCCUUGCACUGCCAACCGAUUCCUAAAAUCCAGAAUUUCACAAUUUCAUUCGAUCCAAGUGGGAUACUACAGUAUUACUACCCAAUCGGCAGCACAAUCACGAGCGGAAAUCUGGUCGACAACGUGACAUCAAACCUGGCAAACUACCACGAACACUUCAUCGCCUCGAUCCAAGACAUAGGAAACGGCACCAUCACAGACGGACCUAAACUAUUCCCUUCCGACUGGCCCAGUUCCCUAAUUAAGCUAGUCUACCAGAACGUGAACCCGGAACUAACAACCAUCGAUGCCCAAGGGCUCACCGAUGCCACGAAACGAGUCUACCAAUGGCUCUUCGCAGCAUACUUCACCCUCCAGAAAGACAUGUAUCUCCAACCCCUCCCAAAACCAAUAACAGACAACGAUGCCCAAAUCCUGCGACCCACAUGGAGCAUCGUCUGCUCCCUUUCAUCCUUCAUCGUCGCCCUGAUCAUGGUCUCAUCCAUGGCCAUCGCCCUUGUCCUCGUGUUCAUCACUCGAUACGGCAAGUUCAAGGGUCCCCGGAUCCCGCAGUCACUUGGCUCCGUCCUUGUUUGGCUCACCGAUAGUCCCAUUCUGCCUAGUUUCUAUGGUACCUAUGACUGGACUAAUGACGCUCGUCGGGAUUACCUGGUCGGACUGGAUAAGAAGUACGUUUUCAGGAUGAUCACUACGCCAGCCGGAGAACAGAAAUGGGUCAUUGAAGAGGACAAGUGUGAGAAGGUUGGGUGA